UAAGUCGUUACCACCACUUAUAAGUCGUUCCCACCACUUAUAAGUCGUUCCCACCACUUAUAAGUCGAUACCACCACUUAUAAGACGAUACCACCACUUAUAAGUCGUUCCCACCACUUAUAAGUCGUUCCCACCACUUAUAACUCUGUUCUGACCAUUUUAGCCAAAAAUGGAUGAACGAGAGCAAGAACGAAAUACAGUGAUAAAGAUAUGCUUUGAAAUGGGACUCAUGUACAAAGACAUAGUUACGAUUCUUGCCACAGAGUGUGGAAUUGUAAUUUCUUUCCGUCAUUUGAAAAGGCUGCUCAGACAGCAUGGCCUGUCAAGGAGAAAAAACUACAGUGACAUCGGUGAGGUUGUAGACUUUAUUCUAAAGCAGGUCGAGGGAUCGUGUCGUCUGCAUGGCUACCGAUGGAUGUUUGAAAAAUGUCGGGCACAUCAUAUCAAUUGUAAAAAGGAAGAUGUAAGGAUAAUCCUUGGAGUUGUCGACCCAGAAGGGACAACUCAGAGGAGAAGGAGAAGACUGAGGCGACGUCAGUAUUCAUCCAAAGGGCCAAACUUUUUGUGGCAUCUGGACAGCUACGACAAACUGAAAGCAUUUGGAAUAUGCAUUAAUGGCUGCAUCGAUGGGUUUUCCAGGAAAAUAAUGUGGAUGAACGCCUACCACACUUCAUCAGACCCGAAGGUGAUUGGAGGGUACUACAUAGAAAAGGUGUCAGACAUCGGAGGAUGUCCAUCUGUUGUACGUGGGGAUCUAGGUACCGAGAAUGGAUAUGUGCGUGACUUUCAAAGGUUCUUCCGUGAGGACGACGAAGAUGGCAUGGCGGGCAUUCGCAGUUAUCUAGAAGGUCCAAGCACCGCCAAUCAAAGGAUCGAGUACUGGUGGUCCUUCCUUCGAAGGGAGUGCAUGGAAUUUUGGAUCUAUUUUUUUCGCCAUUUGCAAGAUGACGGUGAUUUCAUUGGCAAUUUCGUAGAUGUCAAUCUCCUACGGUUUUGUUUCUUACAUCUUAUCCAGGCUGAGCUUGAUGAAGUGGUAGAUGUAUGGGAUCGGCAUCUCAUUAGACCAUCGAGGAACGUCCAAGCUCCUAGCGGCCGCCCAAACAUUAUGUUCAACUUGCCGUCUUUGUACACUACAAGAGAUUAUCUGCAUGGUGUGAGCCAGGAACGUAUGCAAGCAUGCAAAGAGGAAUGUGUUUUCAGAAAAACAAUACCAUGUGAUGAAGACAUCUUUGAACUCUGUUGCAUCGUGAUGAAUGAAGUUGGGUACGAGUAUCCAAGAGACCGACACGGUGCUCGACUUCUUUAUGUAGCUCUUCGACGUGAGAUAACACACUUGCUUAACAAUUAAUUCUGUCUGAAGGUGCAGCAGCUAUAGGUUCAAACCAACUUAACCAAGGAAUACAAACAAUACCUGUUCAUGUGGGUGUGUUUUAAGUUUUUCAUUUUUUGUUCUUAAGGAAAUAAGCAUAGUCUAAUUGCCUUCUCGCCAAUCAUUGGUUUUGUACACAGUUUGACCUAGAUUAUCUGGCCACUAUCUGGCAAGGAAUUUUUUUUUCCUCACUCUUUGCUUCAAGAUUGAGGGAAAGUUUCUUACUUUGUUUUAUUUAAAUUUUGUACAAACAAAAUGAAACAAGUCUGGAACAAAAGCUUGCCAUUUAAAUGUAUAAGUUUGUUCAUAUACCAGUUUAAUUAAGUAAUAGGAUAUGCUCUAUAUAGAGACAUGUUGUCUAGGACUUGUCUCUCAUAUAUGGCCAAAUCAAUUAUCUGGAUGAAGGCCGGUCCCGACCAGAUAACCGAGGUCGAACUAAAAUAAUUCAGCAAUGAGUCAAUGGAGGUUUACAUUCCAAAGUGAUGGACAAGUAUUGAUUUCUUGUAACUUUUUAUUGAAAGUAGAAAAAAGAUUGACACAGAUCUCGGUACAAAAUCUAUAAGGACUACAUAGGCACUCUGUAGGCAUCUUAAGCAUUUUAUUGAAGUUUUUCAUACUCAACUUUCUUACUGCUUUGUUCGCCUUGGACAUAUUGUAAUUGUUCUGUUCAUGUCAUAUUACUACAUGUAAUUAAAUCAACUUGAUUAUCUUCCAGACUUGCCUUUGAUGUUCUAUGUGUUAUACAUACAACUCGGACUCAUGGACUCAGUAGCAUUAUGGCACUGCAUGGGCCAGCAGCUGUGGGUAUGCGUUACUUGUGACCAUCUAAUUAAGGCCCCAAAGUUUAAAACAAAAAACAUAUAUUGACCCUAUAUGGAAAGUGGCACUGAACCAAACAAAUUUACUGUGGACUGUGGAGCCCUACAAGUACAUGGUUAUUUUCAAGAUUGGUAGAUAGUGAAACACAGCAAAAUGAAAGUCGUAUCAUUAAUUCUUCUUAAACCAACUUGUUCCAAUAACAUAUUUAAGUAAACAAAAGAAAAUUCUCUGGUUUUUUAUAAUAUGCCUUGGACCAAUAACAAUAAAACACAAAAAACGCCAUAAACGUUCUUUCACUAUGGUCAUUUGGUCCAGUUAACAACAUGAAGGAUUCUCUUGGUACUUUAUGAUAUGCCUUGACCAAACAACAUUAAAACACAACACCAUAACUGUUCUCAAAGCAGUUCGCCUACCUACCAUGUUCAUGGUUAUUUGCAAGAUUGGUAGAUAGUCGAAACACAACAAAAUGAAAGUCCUAAUAACCCGUUGAAGACUAGUCCUGAUUAUACUCCGGCUGGGGUCUACGGGAAAUGUGUGUUAUAGCAAAAUAAGCUCGUCUUCAACGGGUCAAUUCUUCUUUAACUAACUUUUUCCAAUAAUAUACCGUAAAGUAAACGAAUUGAAGGUUCUCUUGGUUCUUCAUUAUAUGCCUUGGACCAAUAACAUUAGAACACAACACCAUAUUAAACCCAUUUGAUCCGAAUAAAACAUGGCAUGAAGGUUCUCUUGGAUCUUCACGAUACAUGUAUAUCCUUGGGUCCAACAAUAAAACACACCACCCUGAAUGUUCUUUUCAUGUCACUUCAUAAACCCACUUAAUCCAAUAUCCUUGAACACCGGGGGGGGGGGGGUACACGCCUAGUAAGGUAUACACAGGAGUGUGACGCUCUAAUGGGCGACUUUUUGGCCAAAAAAAUUAUACUAUAUAUUUUUGCCCAUUUCGUCGAUAAAUUGCACAAAAAGGUAAUUAUUCUUAAUAAAACCCCUAAUAAUGGGUUCCCUUCUCCGCCAAAAUGAACCUUAAAAAUGGGUUGGGUUUUGCGGCUUCAGCGACACACUCCCAUCAGAACCAAAUCUGAGUCCCCCCCCCCCCCCCUUGGGUUUUAACAUCAUAUUAUGACUGUUCUGUGUUUCUUUGUGGAAUUCCUGGGUCUAAUAUGAUUUAAACUCAAAACAGUGAACCAAAAUUCACUUGUUAAUUAAACAAAGAUGGGUUCUCUUCUAUAGAAACAUCAUGUUAAAAAAAGCCCAUUUAUACAAUGAAAACAAGGGAAAAUCUUGACAAGAAGAGCCAAUAUCAAAACAAAGUGCAAAGUGUAUCAAAAUGUACAAAAUAUUUGGCAUAUUAUAGUCAUUGAAUUUAACACCAUCAUUGUACAAAAACAUUGAUUGGUCCUACAUUAAUUUAAUUCAAAAUGAAGGUUCUCUUUAAGUGCUUUGAACAUGAUAUGCCUUGUAUCAUGUACAUUUUAACAACAGAUCAUUUUAAUUAUAGGGUAGAAUACCUCAUUUCGAUUACUAAAGAGUGAAUCGACAUAAAAUCUACCUAUUUUAAAUUGGGGCUUUAUUGCUGCACAUACUUCUUUCUUUGGAUUAGUUUUCAAUUUUGUCUCUUUCUGAUGUCAAAUACCAUUUUGAUAAAUUUGAGCUCAUUAUUAAAAGGAAAAUUGAAUAAUGUACAUACAUCUAUAUUCAUCCAAUCAAAGCAUAUUCGGAGCAAGAAAAAAAAUGCAGCGGGAAGUGGUUGUCUCUAUGGUAAUGUUAGUAAACAGAUUUUCCAAAAGUGACACAGAAGAUUUGUUCACCUUUCACAAAAAUCGUCUAUGCCCACCAAAGAGUGAAUGUAAUGGCAAAAUGAGAUCAUCACUGAAUCACGCACACCCAAAUUUAUUUGAAAUGGUGAAAUACGUUUAUACAUUUGGUACCAAAGUUACUUGGGAAGCCAUUUUCUGAGAGUACACUUUUGUGAUACACUACAUUGUAUGUAUAAAUACCAGAUUGAUUUCUGCAUAUUAAUUCAUUCAAUAUAAUUUUUGGGUGUUUCAACACCAUAUCUGAAGCAUGAAGAUGUUUCAUACUAAACCUUUGCAAAUAUGCACAAUUGCUAUCACUGCCAUAUGUCUCACACCUACAAAUUUCAAGCUAAUUAAUAAAUGUAAACAAUUAGAGAAGACAGCCUACUUUCAUCUUCAUAAAGCAAUGAGUUGUUCUGAGGAAGUUUAAUAAAGGACAAAAAUAAAGGGUUUUCUGCAAAAUGUAGUCAGGUAGUGUUAUGUUUAUGCUGCAUAUUUAAUUAAUGAUGUAUGCUGCGUACGGGAAGUCAACUUUGAACUUGAGUAAGCCUUCAUGUUUCUCAAAGCCAAUACACCGAUAUUUGACAGUUUCCCGCAUUAAUUUAAGAUAUAAAGCAACAAAAUUCAAGAUUAAACUUGAAACUGUGCAGUACCCUGUAGGAAAUGUACGAGUAACCAGUAGCCAUUAACCAAAAUCAAAGUUCAUAUAUCCUGAUGCUAAUACACAAUCCCACUCUUGGCGAAAUUCCCGGUAACUUCCAUAGGUACUUGGAAGUUCAAGAGUAGGCCCACAUGUAUGUGCCACUGGUCGCCUGUCUGCACCUUCUAGAGACGUGAAUUGAACCAUUAUUUUGGAAACGCUCAUCACUUCAGAUCCUGUCAGAAAAUGCAUUAAUUUUUUCAAUCCUUUCUUGUCUUGCCCCUUAAUGUACUGCAUGAGGAAACGCACCGAGUUUGACUCUUCCUGGUUGGAUGGAAUAGCUGAAAAGCUCUCACAGACUUUCUUUGUUGUAGGUUGGAGCUCUUGGUAUAUGCUGAGAACUACCGAGGGGGUUGGAAGCUUGCUUAACAACUGAGGAGUCACAACUUCCCUCAUACACUGCAUCGCAUAGCUCCCGUUCUGGAUGAUGACCUUGUGUGCCAACUGGAACAUAAGUGCUAAUGAUUCCCCUUCUUUUGGUAUGGUAUGCCCACCUUCUCGGUCAAGGAGGUCAACGAGUGCUUCAUGCUCUUCCUCUGUUGUGUUUCCAGACAGUGCAGACUGAACACAAGCUCGAUCUCCAUCAUUUAGGUAAAGCUUGAAAGACUCCAUCAAAGUGUCAGGCAGGACUGCAUCUUCACCAAAUAGCAUGCCAAUGACGAAAGCUGGUGCCAUUCUAAGAGGGAAAAUUUUGUGGUCUAUGAAUCCUUUCACAAGGAUUCUUCCAACGGCUUUCCACUCUUCUGGCCCUAGUUCUGGGCACAAACCUGGAACUCUGAAAUCUUCCCCAUCAGCAUACAUUUCAAAAAAUUGUUUCCAAAAGAUUGUGUAAACAUCUCUCGACACUCCUUCUGCAUCAAUUCCAAGUUCGUCCACAAACUCGAAUUUUAGAGGGGAUGUCAUCAUAUCAGGUGCUUUGAAAAUACACAGGAGUUCAGUUAUAACCAUGCAUCUGUGCAGCUUUACCAAUGAAUGCUUUUCCAACUCUUCUCCCAGAAUUUGUAGACCUUGUGUUAGUAGUGGUUCCUCAAUAGCAAGACCUUCAGUUCUUGAGGGUGGAGCAUUGCUAGUGCUCGGUUGCUCAUGAUCGGACUCCAUUUCCUGCUCCUGUUCUGGUUGUGGCACUAAUUCAAAGACGGUUAGAUCAAUUAAUGACUCAAUGGCAGUAUGGCUAAUACCCGUUUCCGGAGUCAACGGAAUCAUUGGUAAUGUUUCAUCCAAGUCCUCAUCUGCCUCAUCAGGAUAGAAUGAGAUGUCUUCGUCAGUGUCAUUGGAUGUCUUGUGACUCUUUCCCUUCUUCUUUGAGCAAAUAUAUAUCCGCAACAUUUUUACUUCUGUCUCUAGGUACAGAUCUUCUACAUUACCCUCGGAAAAUAGCUUUCCUCGAAAAUCUUCCACAUGGAAAUAGAAAUCAUCCACAUGACCUCUGAAUGACAUAUUAUCUGGAAAGAAAAGUCUCCUCCCCUCCUUGAUGACAUCGCCAGCUGUUGCAUUUUCCCCCAACUUUAGAUGCCUCGUUCCACCACCCUUAGAUGUUCGAAUCUGCUUGUACUCCAUACUGGCCAUAUCAAAGUCUUUCCACCCUAUCUCCACCCUCCUUUCCUCUUUUUCUGCAUUCCUGUUACCAAUAUUUUUCUUCUGAGAUUUCUUGAUCUUAAUUUUUAAUCUGUCUACCAUUGAUGGCUUUGCUGCUUUUGGUGAUCUAGUAGAGCAUGAUGGCCCUGAUUCACACUUGCAAAAUGUUACCACUGCUACCCGGUCUCCAUAUGCUGGGGUGUACUCGGCAAGUUUCUUAUCAUCAAGCAAUGGGAUUAUUUCCACAUCAACCUAAUAAGAACAAACAAAAAGAUAAAAUCUUAGCUUUACUGAUUAUUUAAUUAACAUAAAAUAAUAUGAUAUGAUAGACACCUGGAUAUCUUCCCCAAAAGUCAAUAUUGUGCACCACCCCCUGCAACCAAUCAGAAGCGCACAUUUUGGACUUGAGAUUCAAUUUCAACCAAUCAGAAGCACGCAUUUUGGACUUGCGAAUAAUUUUUUUGAGGUGCAAUGUUAAAUGUAGUUUUCCUAAUUAAGUUCUUUCUUCCCCAUCACAACUCAUUGUUUUUUUCUUCUCCAAAUUGGUGCUGUGCGAAAGGGUGGGUACGGGUAGUGUCGCGUCACGUUGCGUGGAAUCUCAUGUGCCCCUCUGGGUUAUCAAAGGGCAUGGCCACAAAUGAUGUCAG